AUGCAUUAAGCGAGGCAGCUGUCGGACUGCGGGUGUAUAGGCCUACUAUCCUGGAUGUAUCUGUAGAGACAUAAAAACAAAUUUACCGCACCGUUUUCUCCUUCUGGUCGGUUACCUUUUCCCCCUAGAUUGGAUUGCUCUACAGAUUUGAUGGUGCUGAUUACGCUUAUCUGACUUGCCAAUAGGUCGUGGCCAGGCGCAUCUGCCCGUAGGAUAGGGGGAGGAAGAGAGAAUUUGUCCGUGAUUGCGUCCGUCUGUUGCCCUACGCGGCCGUGAAUGGACUGCACUCCUUUAGUAUUUCUCCGCAAUCACAUUGAGUCGUUUCUGGAAGAAGAUGGCGGACAGGGCUGAGAUGUUUUCCCUUUCCACGUUCCAUUCACUCUCUCCUCCCGGUUGCAGGCCAUCCCAUGAUAUCAGUCUCGAGGAGUUUGAUGAUGAAGAUCUCUCUGAAAUCACAGAUGACUGUGGUAUUGGACUCAACUAUGACUCAGACCCUUAUGAGAAGGACUGUCUGAUCCUUGAGAAGAGCGAGAUGCACCACCAGAUGUGCUCCUUCCAGGACGACUUCCAGGAGUUUGAGAUGAUUGACGAUGAGGAUGAGGACGAGGAGGAGGACGAGGAGGUCGACCCCGAGGAUCCUCCCUCCCCGUUGACCUCCCCUACCCUGGGAACGCUGACGAGCCGACCGACCACUCUCAACCUCACCACCGCUGUCUCACAGGAUUCCCUGAACAACAACAGCAGUUUGUCCCCAAAGAAGGGAAGCUGGCAAGACUCUCUGCGCAACCCAGCUUCACAGGGCCGUCUGUCUCCGACUCACUCAUGUCUUGAGGACGGCAACCAUGUGACGGGCCAAUGCCCAGUCGCACUAACCUCCCAGGUUCCAGGUUCCCAGAGCAAAGGGUCUUUUGGCCAGCAUAAGUCUCAACCCUCAGGGAAUUCUCCAGAGCAGGCCCUUCUCCAGACCUCCAGAGUGCCCUCCGUGGACGAACACUCCCAGUGUUCCGAUACAGAGGUCGACCACGAUCUCAACAGCGACCACAACCACAAACACUCAUGCCAGUCCUCCCGACGCGCCAACGACACAUACACAGUCACCAGCGAGUCUGGCCUGGACCGAGAGCUGGAGAAUGACCCAGACCCCGAUGGGACCAGCCGGUGCCUAUCCUCCACGGCUCCCAUCGGGGGCGACGGCUCUGACACGCCCCUGUCUGAGGAGGAGCUGGAGAAGGACAUUGAGGUGGAGUUUAUGUGCAAGGAGACAUACGACAUGGUGUGCAAAGAGAACCAAUAUGUGGAAUUCCCUUCCAUUGAGCCAUCCGAGUCCGCCUCGUUUAAAAGUUACUCCAACCGUUCAAAUGCUCUCGACCAAUCCAAUGGCUCCGACCGCCAUGGCCCAGCCAAUGAAAUGGCCGCCAACGACUCCACCUCUCCGUCCUCAGACCCGGGAAUAGCAGACAUGAACGCCAAGCGUUGCUACACCAUGUCAGAUCCGGACCAGGACCUGAGCUCUCCAGGGUCAGACUCAGAUAUCGAGGGGGAGCUGGAGGCGGCGUUUGCGUGCGGGGGUCCCCUGGUCUCCAACAUGAUCUCCUCCAUCUCGGAGACGGAGCUGGACCUGACCAGCGACGACAGCAGCAGCGGGCGCUCCUCACACCUCACCAACUCCAUCGAGGAAGCCAGCUCGCCCACCUCCGACCAGGAACUGGACCCCGACACGGAGCUGGAGCAAGACAGCGGCAUUGUGGGAUUGAAGGCGUCUCUGCUCCUAGGUCAGCGCGACCCUAUCAAAGAUGGAUCUCCCCUCCCCUCCCCGUCCGCCCUCCCAUCGCCCAUCAUGGCCACUCCCUCCACCGCCGACUCCCCCAUCCCCCCUCCGGAGAUGUACGACGACGGGCUGGCUCUGAUGGGCCUCCACAGCGUGGACGACGACCUCCCCUACGAGCACCUGGCCGACCCGGAUGAGACCCUUCCCCCGGCCCAGCACUGCGAGGACAGCCACUCCAGACAGAUGGUCCUGCAGAUCGAGCCUGACCACAGUCUGGAGAGCUUCAAGCGCUCCUUCUACCUGCCCGUGGGGCCGCGGCUCAUGCCCACGGCCGACGAGUACGACGGAAACAGCGAGGGAGAGUCUGAGUCAGAGAGCGAGGACGAGCUGAGCGAGAACUCUGACUCACCGUGGCUGCUGAGCAAUCUGGUCAACAAGAUGAUCUCGGAAGGCUCUUAUCCAAUCAGCUGCCCCGAGGAGUGCUUCAAGAGGUCUGCGUCCGUCACCGACACCAUCUCUCCUUCCUCAGACAUCGAGACGGACGCCUUCGCCGAAGCGCCUCCGGAGCAAGAGCUGGGGCGGCCGACCCAGACGAAGGGAUCUGAGGAGAAGGGGAAGGAGGGGAAAGGCCGACGAUGGGGAGGGGAGGAAAGGGAGGAGGGAGAGAAGAGUGCCAAGCCUCCUAAAAGGCAGUCGGUGAGGAGCGACGAGAAGCUCAGCCCCACUAUGCACGUGGGCAGUGCCACGUUCCACACCCUCAGCCCUGUCGUCGUGGAGCGCUACGUCCACAGCCCGAACCACGGCCACACAGCCCGCCGCCCCGAGAAGGGCGUCAGCGCUCAGGCCGCUAAAAACAGCCAGAGACGGGAGGAGAAGGAGGCCGGGGAGCCGGAUAACGACCUGACGAUGCUGGAGGGGAGGAAGGAUCUGGAGUCUCCCAGCCUGACCGAAAGUGUGGCCAGCGACAAGGACGAGGGCCGGGAGACCGAGGCCAAGCCCUGCGGCCGCUCCACGGCCUCUCUGGAGCGCAUCACCGAGGUCAAACACAGUUUGACCCUGGAUAUCCCCACCGCCCAAACCAACCGCUGUUUCAGUCUCACCUACUCCACGGACAACGAGGAGGAGGAGGAGGAGGAGGGGGAAGGGGUGGAGGAGGAGGACGACUCGCCUUUCUCGGGAAGCUUGAGGAAGAAAUCGUCCUACGGAGGAAGCGACCUGUAUCUGGACAGCUCCCCGCCCAUUGACGAGAGCGUGCGGGACCUCCCCCUUUGCGAGCGGGAGCUCCCCCUGCAGGUAGGGAGGCUGCAGCAGGACGACGACGGCCUGGCCUACGACUCAAUGAAGUACACCCUGGUGGUGGACGAGAACACCACACUGGAGCUGGUCAGCCUCAGGAGGUGCACCUCUGUGUUGAGUGACGACAGCGAGCUCUCCACACUGUGCGACGACGACCCCCUAGGCACGGGACAGGUGGGCUACGGGCAGUGCGACGUGGGCGUGCGGCCGGAAUUCAGCUCCUCAGAAGACUCCUCCCCCGAGGCAGACAUACCCUUCUCCAAGAAGUUCCUCAACGUGUUUGUCAACAGCACCUCGCGCUCCUCCAGUACAGAGUCUUUUGGGCUGUUCUCCUGUACAAUCAGCGGAGAGGAGAGGGACCAGACACACAGGGCCGUGUACAGGUUCAUCCCCAGACAUGCAGAUGAGCUGGAGCUGGAUGUGGACGACCCUCUCUACGUCGAGGAAGAGGAGGAUGACUACUGGUACAGAGGUUAUAACAUGCGCACAGGAGAGAGGGGCAUAUUUCCCGCCUUCUACGCUCAUGAGGUCAUAGGCCAAUCCAAGGAAAUUGUCGGAGUGAAGAGGAACCCUGCGUGGAUGGAGAGUUUCACCGUCCAGUUCCUGGGUUCUGUGGAGGUACCCUAUCACCAAGGUAACGGCAUCCUCUGUGCCGCCAUGCAAAAGAUUGCAGUAUCCCGGAAGCGGACGGUGCAUGUGCGGCCCCCCUCCCUGUGUGAGCUGGAGAUCAGCCUGCAAGGGGUCAAGCUGGUCAUGAGUCUGGAGGAUGAAUACGACACCAUGGAUGAGUUCGACAGGUGCAGUCACUUCUUCCAGAUGAAGAACAUUUCCUUCUGCGGGUGCCAUCCCAAGAACAACUGCUACUUUGGGUUCAUCACGAAGCACCCCAUGCUGAACAGAUUCGCCUGUCACGUGUUCGUCUCCCAGGAGUCCAUGAGGCGUGUGGCCGAGUGUGUGGGACGGGCCUUCCAGGAGUAUUACCAGGAGCACCUGGAGUACGCCUGCCCGACCGAAGACAUCUACUUGGAGUAGGCAGGAAAGAGGAUGUGUUGCCUUGACAACCCCCUUCUCUCGAUCGCGGCUGUAUGUUCAUCUACUUCACCACCAGAGAGAGGUGGUGGAUCUUUUUCUGUCCAUUGUAAAAUACCCCGUGUAACUCUAAAACUGGGAUUGUCAUUUCAGUUCUACAGUAUGCUACAUAUUUUACUUUGUCUGUCCAAUUGUUUAUUUCCCAUCUUCUUGAUGGAUUUGUUGCCUGUUUCUUUGACUUUUCUAUGAUACAGUUGCAGAACUAAGAGGCUGGGCACCUGUUAAUUUAAAAAGUCAUCCUCUUAGGUCUCAAAAAGAUAUUCCUACUACUGCGGUUCACAUGUUUUAAUGCAUGGCUGGUAGGGUAAUGCACACAAACACACACACGCACACACAUUUAAAAAGACACAGCAGGGUGCAAAAUAGCUGUGAUGUAGGUGAAUUGUUUGGGCUGAGAUUUGGUGUAAUAUCGGCAAACGGCUGAUUAGAUUUUCUACUGAUAAUGACUUUGGAGAAAGGUAUAGAGAUUCCAGUGAACUGUCCUUGGUCUGAGCUUACUCCUGUAUUGCGUACAAGAUGUAGUGUGUACUGUAAAUAUAUGUAUAGACAGUAGAAACAUUCAUACAGACGCUUCAUACCCACUUUAUGUACGUUUCAAACACAAUCAAUAACCUAAUGAGAGAGAAAAGAGAAUGAGUGCUAGUGGAGAGAAGUGUUUUUGUUUCCCCAGGGUUAGGGGUUUCCCCAUAUUAGGGGACUGAGGUUGAGGAUCUAUAAUCUGGGUCGCCUGUACUCUCCGAGUUGUGAGUUAACAUCAAACUCAUAGCUAUAAGUAAACACUGUAAACUACUCUGUAAUGCUCAGUCAAAUUUCAGGUCAAAGUGAGCUGAGGGCCACUUCACACAAAGCCAUGAUAUCACAGUCUUGACUGUUCAACACUGCUCCCUCACAACACGUUCCUCAGUUUCCAUCAGUUUUUUUGGGUUGCUGAGUUUUAUGAGAAAAGGAGAUGAUCUGCCCUGAACAAGUGGUUCUCAAUAAUGACAUUGUUUAGUCAGAUCUGGAUAUGAUGGCGGUUCUUCAAGUGACACUAAACCCAAAACAUGUUGGUUAGUUGGUAAGGUUCAUGAAAGGCCAC